AUGAACUGCAGAGUUGCCUUGCAAAUUGGACAUGGGAACUUCCCGAGAGUAUACCAGCCGCAGAAUAUGCCAUACACAGGUCCACACCCCUUCGUCCCAUGCCUUGACCAAAUCAUCGAUCAGAGGCUCCAUGUGAAUGGGUUUGCUUGCAAGGAUCCUAUGGCCGUCAACGCAGAUGACUUCUUCAAGGCAGCUAACCUUGACAAGCCUAUGGACACCAUGAAGAGCAAGGUUGGAUCCAAUGUUACCUUGAUCAAUGUCAUGCAGUUGCCUGGACCGAACACCCUGGGCAUCUCAUUGGCCUGUAUUGACUAUGCACCCCUAGGUCAGAAUCCACCACACACAAACCCGCGUGCCACAAAGAUCCUCACUAUGCUUGAGAGAACACUCUAUGUUGGAUUUGUCACCUCCAACCCAGACAACAAGCUAUUUGCCAAGGUGCUCAACAAAGGUGAUGUGUUUGUAUUCCCACAUGGGCUCAUCCAUUUCCAAUUCAACCCCAUCUAUGACAAGCCAGCGGUUGCUAUUGCCGCGCUCAGCAGCCAGAACCCUAGGGCUAUUACCAUCGCAAAUGCGGUUUUUGGAUUGAAACCACCGAUUUCAGAUGAUGUCUUGGCCAAGGCAUUCCAGGUGCAGAAGGGGACAAUUGAUUGGCUCCAGGCUCAAUUCUGGGAGAACAAUCACAACUAG